CGACCAUGAGCUCACUAAGCUACUCCACCCAUGAGGAAGUCUGCUGGACGGAGAAAGAAACUCUCGUGAAAGAGGAGGAGGAAGAGGAGGCUGUUACAAUACAAAAACAAGUAGAGGGUGAAGCUGUUGCCGUGAAAGCAGAAGAUAAAGACGUUAUAGUGAAAAUAGAGGCGUGCAGGGUGAAAGAGGAGGAGGAUGUUACUGAAGAGAUGGAGAAUGCCGUUUUUGGAAUGAAGGAGGACGAGGGAGGGAUGACUGUUACUGUGAAGGAAGAGGAGGAAGACUAUGCCGUUUUUGGAAUGAAGGAGGAGGGAGAGGUGACUGUUACAGCAAAAGAAGAGGAAGAAGUUUUCAGAGUGAAAGAGGAGGAGGAUGUUACUCUGAAGGAAGAGGAAGCUUUCAGAGUGAAAGAGGAGGAGGAUGUUACUCUGAAGGAAGAGGAGGAAGCUUUCAGUGUGAAAGAGGAGGAGGAUGUUACUCUGAAGGAAGAGAAAGAGGAGAAUGUCGUUUUUGGAAUGGAGGGGGAGGUGACUGUCUCAUUGGAGGAGGAGGAGGAAGAAGAAGAAGAAGAGACGACAGGAGAUCUGAUUAACAGAGAGAGACCAGACUCUCACUCUGACAGCAGUAAGAGUCCUUCAGAGGAACCAAACCCAGAGACUCCCAAACCAGUGAGACGACUCAACUGCUCCCAGUGUAAUAAGAGUUUCAAGUUGUCAUGGAACCUAAAGGAGCAUGAGAGGGCACACACAGGAGAAAAGCCUUUCCACUGCUCCCAGUGUGGAAAGAGAUUUCCACGAUCACAGAACCUAAAAAUACAUGAGAGGACACACACAGGGGAGAAGCCUUUUCUCUGCUCCCAGUGUGGAAAGUGUUUUACCCAGUUAUGGAGCCUGAACAAACAUAACAGAAUACACACAGGAGAAAAGCCUUACCACUGUUCCCAUUGUGGAAAGAAUUUUAGGUUGUUAGAUAAGCUGAAGGAGCAUGAGAGGACACACACAGGGGAGAAACCUUACCAUUGCUCCCUAUGUGAAAAGAGUUUUACCCAAUUAGCUUACCGAAAAGAGCAUGAAAGGAAACACACUGAAGAAAAGACUUACCAAUGUUCCCAGUGUGGAAAGAGAUUUUCACAAUCACAGGAACUAAAUUCCCACGAGAGGACACACACAGGGGAGAAACUUCACCACUGCGCUCAUUGUGAAAAGUGUUUUACUCAGUUAGGGAGCCUGAACAAACAUAAUAGAAUACACACAGGAGAAAAGCCUUACCCCUGUGCCCAUUGUGGAAAGAGAUUUUCUAGAUCACAGGACCAAAAAUCACAUGAGAGGACACACACAGGGGAGAAACCUUACCAUUGCUCCCUAUGCGGAAAGGAUUUUACCCAUUUAGGGAGCCUGAACAAACAUAAGAAGAGAAUACACUCUGGAGUGAAGCCUUACUCAUGUUCCCAUUGCCUAAUGAAUUUCAGGUUGUUAAAUAACCUUAAGGAGCAUGAGAGGACACACACAUCUUACUGUGGUCCCAGUGGAAAAGAUUUUAACAAUUUAGGGAAACUAUAAGAUCAUGAGAGGACACACGGGAGAAAUCACGCAGUUGUUCCCAGUGUGGAAAGCGUUUUACCCAGUUAGGGAGCCUGAAAAGGAACACGCAUACAGGGGAGGAUAAGCUCACAGUUUGGAAAGAGUUUUAGUUAGGGAACCUAAUUGUGGAAAGACAUUUUCCAGGACAGAGGACCUGAAAUCACAUGACAGAAUAGACAGGCUGUGUUCUGAUGAGUCGCUGUGUUCUGACUUAUGUUUGACUGUUGUGUCAUGCUGCAUUAAAUCUUAUUGUUUAUAUGAAAUCUUUAUCAAGAAUAGGCAUGUUUAAAAUAAAAAAUCCUCUGGAGACAUGAGUAUGUCUAAAAUCAGAUUAUAAUUUAAAAUGUAUUUUGUUUUGAUUCAACCCAUUGAUAGAUUGGAUACAUGUUAGAACCCUUAGAUGUUAAUGACAUGAUUUGGAUAUUUUAAAAUGUAAAUUGUUAAUUGGAUGAAUAUUGUGUGUAUUUCUUGAUUCUCUAACCUUGAAUCUUCAGGAAAUGUAAUUUAGGUUUCAUUUAGUUAAUUUGUGUUCUAGUCUUCAAGCUAAAGAUGUAUGAAAAUGGGAUGAUUUUCUGAUAACGUUGAUAAGUUGUUGACAUAAACUGUCACUACCUCUUGAAUGUUUCCAUCGGUAUUAUUACACCAUGUUAGAGAAACACAGGUGCUGAUUGUAAAAAAAAACCCAUUUGAUUAAUGCACCAUUUUUAUCUGAAUAAAAAUGAACUUUUUAA